AUGCGCGUUCUGAUAAAUAAAAGUUAUACAUUAUGGUUUCCGAUCUAUGUCCUGAAUGAUCCCAAAUAUCAAGAAUCUUAUCUUGGUUUUAUGCAUAUUAUUGUAUUUAUUUUAUCACUUGUUUGUAUUUGUUUCACAAUUUAUGUUGCUUAUAUUAUAAUCAAAAUUCGAGUUUAUCAUAUAAAUUACACUGUUUUAACAUUUUAUUUCAUUUGUUUAUAUUUUGAAGCAAUAUUUGCAAAAUAUUCCAUAAUUUUAUAUCAAAUCGGUGUUUUGAAAAUUCCUGGAAUUGAUGAAAAAUAUACAGGUUGGUGGUCAGAAGGAAUUGAAAAUAUUGCACAAAUUAAUUCUGCAAACGAUGCAAUUACAAUGAUUAUUGGAAGUUUCCUAAUUUGGCAUUAUUUAUAUUCUGUUAUAACUUUGGUAUUUUUCAUAUCUUUAGAAAGAACAAUUGCAACAUAUGUUAUAAGGUUUGUAGCAUUUUUGAAUUUGAUUUUCCAAAUUUUUGUGAUUGAAGAAGUUACGAGACAAAUCGUCGUGUUUAUGUUUCCAUUUUUCUUAUAUUUAUGUCAAACUGUUUAAGUUUAUUCCUAGCAACAACUGCGUUCACUGAUUUUUUCACAUUUCCACCUCUUAUGAUUUUCAAUGGAUUGAUCAAUAUAUUUUCCUUAAUGGUAUUUCUGUUUCUUUUUUUUUAAUUAAUCAAGUAAUUAGUUACAGCUUUUUGGAAUAAUCACUCAUAUAAACAAUUCGAUAAAUCGAAAAAUGAAUAAAGAAACUGUUUCAACAUUUUAUUCACUUCCUUAUAGAUUUCAAAUGAAAGAAAAUAUUCGAACUUUGAAGGUUUGAUUUAAUUUUUAGCGUAUUUUUAUUGAAUUUUCUUUGAUUAAGUUAUCAAAACGAGUAAUUGUCUCGGUUGGUUGUUAUAUUCUAAUAUUUUGUAUUGUUUUAUUUGUUCUUUAUUGCGAAACACUUCCUUCGUUGAAUAUGCUACUUAUUUUCACAUUAGAAAGUGGUAUUUAUCUGUGAGUAUACCCAUUUAUUAUACUCUCUCAAUUCAACUUUUCUAGGAAUCCUUUAAUAAUAUGCCCUAUUAUGAUAUUCUCAGUCAAACCAUAUUCAAAAGUAUUUCGUAGACAUUUGAAGAAUAUUUCAAUACUACAAUAUUGCUGUAAUAUCAAUGAAAGAGUCGAACAGCUGAAAACAACGGCUCCACAAGAAACUGAAAUAUAUUUUAUAAACUUAAAAAACUCGUGGAAUUAA